AUGCUUCUCAUCGUCUCUUUAAUAGUAGUGGCAGGGUUGGCAGCGGCAGAAGAAGAGCAGAAACUCUCCUGGAAGGAUGAUGACGGUCUGGAGGUCAAAAUUGUGAAACCGAUCAAGAAAGAAAAGUGCAAAUUGGUCUCACAAGAGGGUGAUGUGGUCGACCAGUUCUACAGACUCGUCGAUAAAGACGGCAAGGAAAUCGGUAGCAAUUUCGGGAAAAAACCGUACACUUUCAAAUUAGGAAAAGGACAAGUGAUCCCAGGAAUGGACCGAGCUAUGAUGGGGAUGUGUAUUGGCGAGAAGAGAAAAGUGGUGAUCCCAGCGAAACUUGGCUUUAGCGGUGACAACGCCUUGAAGGACCAAACACUCUACUAUACCGUGCAGUUGGUCGACCUCUUCCGAGCGGUUCCUGGUGACAAGUGGGAAACAGAUGAGGGCAUUACUAUCGAGGUAAGUGCCCUGUCGGUCUAG